UCCUUUAAAAAUUUGAGGAAUGAUCUGGUAGAACUAGUGGCACGAACCAGCUUGAUCGGAAACUCUAGGGGCUCAACACUUCUCAUCGUCAAAUCUUCCGAAUUACUUCUUCAUUCAUCUCAGCUACCUUCAACAUGUCGGCUUUACCUCACACUCCGCUCUCAAUAGAACCAGAAUUCCUUGCGAUACCAAGCAAACCCCAGUCACCAAUCUGUUUCACAUUCUUCCCCGCCAUCAACUCGCAAACAUCCACUUCCUCGGUACAGCAUCUCAUCGUCUUCAUUAACGGUCUCGGUCUCCCAGCCGCCUCAUGGCUACCAUCAAUCUCUCUCCUCCGCUCUCAACCCUCCUGUCCCACAAUCAUAACUUACGACCGCUUCGGCCAAGGCCUCACCACAUCCCGUGACCCUCUCGACGGAACAUCAGGCAAAGAACUCGGCCACGACUUCCUCGACGUAGCGACCGACCUCCACGAAAUAAUUCUCACCAUCUCAACUAAGAAACUCGGACUCAACGCCUCAGAUGUCGCCCAUGGAGGAAAGCUCCAUCUCCUGCUAGUGGGAGCUUCGAUCGGAGCUCCUAUCGCGAGACUUUACGUACAGCAUCACCCUGGAACCGUGGCUGGUAUGAUAUUACUAGACUCCAACAUAGCGAAUGUAAAUUAUUCCGACUUCCUUCCAGAUCCCAGCUCUCCGGAUUUCGAUCCAAAGAAGAUGCUAGGCGAGGAUUGUACUUUGGAGCAGUACAGGGAAGCGAGAGCGAAGCUAGUUGCGAUGUUUGAUCUCAAUGUCAAGAAUCCGGAGAUGUUGGAUCGGACGACUUCUCCAAAGUUGUUGCCGCACGCCGAUAAGCCGGCGUUGAAGGGUGUGGGGGGUGUUGGGCUGAGAUUGAUGAUUGUUGGUCAUGAUCCGGAGACGUUUGCGGAGAUGAGUUUCCAGAUGAUGGGGACGCCGAGGACGUUGAGUAGGAUUACGAAUGCAUAUUGGGCAGAGUACAAUCAAGGUCUGACGAAGAUCACUGAUGAGAAGUUGUCUGGGCCAGUCAUUAUUGCGAACGGUUGUGGACAUUUUAUUCAGAAAGAUGAUCCCAUCUUCGUCGCAGAUACUAUUAUGAAUAUGAUAAAGGCACUCGAAUGGUAGUUGUGGGAGGUUUUCACUUUGAAAUUCGCAAAGCGCUGUAUAAGCUUCACCAUACAGUUUCCAACAGCUGAGGGACGAAUACUGAAGUCCAUACAUUUCUAUGCUAAUCUUAAAGGAGAGUGGCGAUAGUAGAGCAAGUUCUUGGUAUACAAUACUUCCCAGGCGGUCUUCACAAACAAACCUCGUCGUUCCUAAGUGAUACUCGAGUGGGGUAGUUUC